AUGGAUGCUUUGAGAAAAAAAAUUCAAGACCUUCAAGAGGAUGUUUUUUCCAAAAGGUACUGACUGAUCAAUCAUUGGUUGUUUCUAUUUUUCUAGAUUGUUCACAGUCCCCUAAUUUUCCAUAAGAUAUUAAGAUAUAUAUCGCCAAGAUCCAGUGCUUUGCGUUUCGAGCUGCCAUCGGUGACACUCGGUACACAUGAAACCAAGUUGGCUGCACGUACAGGUAACUCUCGGUCCUGACGGUCUUACGCGAAAAAACAGGGGACUGUGAACAGUCCGAAUAUACAUUACUAGAUUCCAGCCAUGUACGAACCAGUUGCAAAUAAGUGGGAGGCGGGUUGCUGGUAAAGGGGACGUUGCUGUCAACAUUGGUAUAAUAAUGAUGAUGUUGUUACCAACAAUUACUUUACCCAGGAUGAUGGUUGAGGAACUCACCCGACAAAAGGAGGCGGAAGAAAGACACGUUCUGCUUAAAAACGUACGAAUGGAACUGAUGGCCAAAGUGGAACAGACUGAGCUAAAGUUACAGAGAAAACUACAACACCGUCAAAUGGUGUUGACUGAGUUAAUGUGAGUAUCUUAAAGGGACUGGUUCACGAUAAUGCGCAUGCGCGCCGUUUGUCUCUUCAGAAUAAAUUUGUCGGGUCAACACUAAAUUCGAAAUCGCAAUUACCGGUACAAUCAUUGAAAAUCCUUCGUUUUAUUCGGACAUCCGUCGCUUUGGCUGGUCUAGUUAUUCUUCGGUAGAGGUGAUUAACAUGUGGUUGUGUCGUUUGACUGGUUAAAUAUACGUUUUAAGAAGACGCAAAAAAUACUGUUUUGAUCAUGGAGGUUCAGUCGUGGCCGUCCGGCAUCAGGACGUUCUCAAGAGUCUCUGGAGAUAGAGAAGCUUAGCCUAUCGAUCUGGUAUGGUUCUAGGAGUAGUGUGUGGCAUACGAAAAGAAUACACGACACUUGGAAAGUGGUUAAAGGCGUGAGUUCGUUCAACUUUGAUUUGACAGGGGCACCCAAUGGAUCUGUUCCUCAAAAUAUCUGUUCUUCAUGCAAAUUUUUGCUGGCUGGGAGAUGUGGAAGAAAUAAUAGUCCUUGGAAGGAAAGUGUUGCUGGGAAAAAGAUAAUUGAGGGUGUCAGAGGGGAUUUGGAAGUCUAGAAUAGCUGCUACGGGUUACUUGUAUGGGUUGCUUACCACUCAAGAUCUGAAUUGUGCCCUAUGAAACUUCCCAGUAAGUCAGGUUGCAGGUUGUAAGGUUGCUGGCUGGGAACUCUUCCAUCAGUCUUGCUGGGAGUGAGGAACAGAUAAUUUUUUUCCAGCAAUCUCCCAAAAUGCUUAAAAUAGUCUCAGAAAACUUUAUUCACGCUUUGUUGUUGUUUUUAGGUCUUUUUCUCAAAAUUUCCCGUUGGGUGCCCCUGAUUUGAUUUUUGACUCCGACCUGUAGUUAUACUGCAACAGGCCGCGCGAUCUUCACCGAUCUGGUACACUUGAAAUGUUCCUUGUAUCUUUGCUUUACGAUCGUAUAUGUUUAAGAAUUGAUGUUUUUAAAAUAAAUUAUUGCCUGAAUAUUCUGUUUAUAAUCUAGUUUCUUUAUGUGUGCUACUCGAUAACAUUUGUUUUGCGGAACACUGACCCGAUGCAACGCGAAUGAAGUUGUUCAUUUGCUGAUAAGCAAUUGAAAUUUAUGCUCAAUUAAGGAUUAUCUUUAUACUCAUACGUUGUGUGUUUUUGUCACCGGUCAGGCGCUAUUUGUAGGUAUUUCUGGGUUUAUAUAAGGCGAACUGAGAGAACAGUAAUAAGAUGUUUGUUUACAAAUUUUGUUUGCCGAUCGGUGACUGUUUUAAUAGCGUGGGUACGACCUCGUAGAAAUACACGCUGGUAAAUGUUUGUUUCAAAGCAGGACAGGGCUGUAAAUCUUAUUCUUAUCGGCUGCAACAUAUAUCUGAGGAGUAGCAAAGAAUAAAAUUGAAUUAUGGGGAUAAAUAAAAUCAAACCAAAUGCCCGGAAAUACUCUCGCGUCGCGAACAAUUAAUUUGAAUUUUGUAAAUUUACUUGCGUGCACCUAACUCGCUUCCGAUUGGCUGAAAAACAAUCAGCUAUUAUACUGUCAGAACUCACACAUGCGCAUUAUCGUGAACCAGUCCCUUUAAAGAAUCCUGUUAAGUACAGUACAUGAAGGUCAUUGUCUCACUCAUGGCGUUAAGCGAUUUCCCGGCCCUUGAAAGUUUCUUUUACACUGUUUCAUGAGAUGUGUUAAACUGAGUCAAGUCUUUAAUUAGACGACCUACAGUUUUCUAUCAAGAACUAGGAGUAAAUCACGACGCCCAGCCGAGCGUUUUGAUCAGGGCUUGAUAAAACCGAAUUGAUGGAUAACUGCAAGUUUUAAUUAAUUGUUCGGCUUCAGAUCAAGAACUUUCCUCGAUCGUAGAUCUGUUUACGAGUCUUUGAUUAUUUUCCGGAAAACAUAGGAGCGAAAAGCAAGGUCCUUAAGGUCUCGGUAAAUGAAAAUUUUAGUACAUUGCUCGAUUUUGUUUUUUUUGGAUUUUUGGCAUGAGUGGGUCCUAAAUUUUAAUUUGGCAGAAAAAGAAAAUCAGAAAGUGCUUUUUAACCCUUCUAAAAUGAGCCUUUUCUGAGCUAACCAGCCAAGCGUGGACUUCGCGCUAAAUCUUUAGAGCUGAUUUUCUCUCACUCUAUUUUAGACGCAAAAAUCAAAAUUCUCCGACCUCCAGUCGGGACAGGUUUUAAGCUAUCGCUUUGAAACUUUCAGAUAUGAUGGAUAAUGAUAUAGACUCAAAAAGGGUGUGAGGAAUUUUCCGAUUUCCCUUUGUAACUCAUUUUAUGUCAGUUUCUUUGCGUAAAUCGCGCUCGAGAUUCGACUUUUUAGUUUGAAAUGCAAUAAUUCCGCUAACACGAGACAUCUGCAAAUUUCCUCACACCCUUUUUUAGGUCUUUUAUCUGUCAAUCAGAUGCAAUAAAAAGGAAGUGAAUAUUUAACAACGCGAAAGGGCUCGAGCUUCAGCAGUAAACUCGAUACCUCUGAGUUCGGGAACAAAAAACUUAAGCACCUUUUGAAAUUCGAUAAAAUAAAAUCUUUUAUAAGGUAAUUUAGUCUUUUAGCUUUAAUUUGAUAUGUAACUUGCCUUUGUAGCGAAAAUACUCGCGCGACUAGAAUUUUUUUCUGUGGGCACCUCGUUUUCCUUUACCGAGACCUUAAGUUGUCUUGGUUUUAUCAGAUAGAAAAAAAACCACCAACACGCAAUUAGUUUUCUCUUUUUUUGUUAGUUCUUUAACGCGAGUAAAGUUCUAGAUGGAUAUUUAUGGCAAACCAAAACUACUGUCCUUUCCUUAUUGUUAUUAUUUUUUUUCACAGCAAACUCAGUCUUGGAAGAUUGGUGCAACAAAAGAAACUAGAAGCAGUACAAAGAAAAGCGACAUCCUUCAUGGAGGAACUGUCAAGAAAUGAAAAAAGAGCAAGAGCAUGGAGGGAAAAUCUGCGCCGUGUCGGUUCAGAGAGCAACAUACACACUGCCGUAUUACAGCCGCGACUGGUGUCUUAUGUUGUCUUAACAGUCAUAAAUUAA